AUGGGUCGCGUCCGAACAAAGACCGUCAAGAAGUCCGCCAAGGUCAUCAUCGAGCGGUACUACCCCAAGCUCACUCUCGACUUCGAGACCAACAAGCGCAUAUGCGAUGAGAUUGCGAUCAUCCCGUCGAAGCGUCUUCGCAACAAGAUCGCAGGCUACACCACGCACUUGAUGAAGCGUAUCCAACGUGGACCGGUCCGAGGCAUCUCCUUCAAGCUCCAGGAAGAAGAGCGCGAGCGCAAGGAUCAGUACGUGCCCGAGAUCUCGGCCUUGGACUUCACCCAGAACACCGAGAGCGGCCAGCUGGACGUCGACUCGGACACCAAGGACCUCCUGAAGAGCAUGGGCUUCGACUCGAUCCCGGUCAACGUCGUGCCUGUCGUCCAGCAGCAACAGCAGGAACGUGGCGGACGUAGAGUGUUCGGCGCGGGUCGAUAA